AGUCAUCAGUGCGCCGUGGCUCCAUCUCCAUCGAAUUGGCAAUGAAAAUGUCCACGCGCCAGUUCUUCAGCAAGUACACAAAUUUCCACAAAAAUCACAUCAAAUUGGUUGCUGUUUAUAUGAAAACGGCAAAUCUAAUGCAAAUCUUGAAUGUGCUGAAGCGUUCGCUUUAAGCAGGAGCAGGCCGUCGCCCUGCUCUGCCGGACUGUCGCUCCUGUCCUUCGUGUUGCCCCGUUGCCUCCCCCACUCCCUUCCUUCCUCAUCCAAUAACAAAUAUCGGGCUGUGCGUGUGUGUUUUUGUGUGUGUAAGUGUAUUACAUAGUGCUAUUAAAAUUGAGAAUCCCAUUAUGUUAGUACUAUAAGACCGUAAAAAGUAGAGUUUAAAGAAAAACCAUAACUCAAGAAUAUCAGAGAGUUGAACAUAACUGAUAAAUUACCGGCUUAGGAAACCUAGAAAUA